AACAAUUGUGUUUUGGAUUCCUUGCCGUGCGGAUCGCAAACGCGAGUUAUGAGAAGAGCGUAGUAAAACGUACGAGAAGUAGCUAACAAGAAAAGGAAAAGAGCAGAAGAAGCAACAGCACGCAGACAUAUAUUUUUUUUAACUGUGUUUUAUUUAUCCGAUCUAUACCAAUCGAAAUAUACACAACUAUAUAGAUUUGAAACGGAUUUUGAAAAGUGCUUUCAAAUAAACUCCAAAAAGUAUCAGAGCGAGUGUGUGCCAGUGUGUGUAUGUGAGACGCGUCGCAGUCGACGUCGCUGCUUUGGGGACAGAGCUGCCAGAUCGCGAGUUAUGAAAGCGCAAGCGUCGCACGCAAGUAGCAACAACAGCUACAACAAAAGCACCUAAAACUUACUACCUACUACUACUGCAAAACACACUUGUUUGACUAUUAUUUCGCUACAUUAAAAUCAACAAAAAUACACACAAAACUGACCAGAAUCUUGGGAAAAUAAAAACAAUCUUUAAAGAACGCCACGAAAAUAAACCAUAAUCAUGGAUAGCAGCAGCGAACAGUUGAACGGAUCGGGAGCUUUGAAUUUCAAGCGGCCCAAGGAUUCUUCGGAGAAUGCCACAAACAGCCACACAAAUAAUGGCAAUUCUUCGGGCAGCCCCAAAAUGGGAAGUCGUCGGAUUUUCACGCCCCACUUUAAGCUGCAAGUCCUCGAAUCAUACAGGAAUGAUAAUGAUUGCAAGGGCAAUCAACGGGCCACGGCCAGGAAAUACAACAUUCACCGCCGGCAAAUCCAAAAAUGGUUGCAAUGCGAGUCAAAUUUGCGAUCAUCGGUGGCCAACAAUCAGCAACAGCAGCAGCAGCAGCAACAGCAACAGCAGCAACAACAGCAGCAGCAGCAACUACUCCCACAGCAAUCGGUAUCGCCGACACCGGCGGUCAAGGUGUUCCAUCAGCUGAGCCAUCCGCUGGUGCACCAGUUGCAUCACCAUCACGCCGCCGCGGUGGGUCAUCAUCAUCAUCAUGCCGCCCACCAUCAUGCCGCCCAUCAUCAUCACGCUGCAGCAGCAGCGGCGGCAGCAGCAGCGGCAGCAGCAGCAGCAGCAGCCCACCAUCAUGCCGCCCACCAUUUGCUGGCAGCCAAUGGCAUGGUUCCACACCCCCUGGCCGCCCAUCCCCACUUGCAUGUCCCGGUGGCAAUGCAUCCUCAAAUGCAGCAUCAGAAGGAGCAACAGCAGCAGCAGCAGCAGUUGCAGCAGGAGCAGCAGCAACAGGAUCAGCAGCAGUCACAGCAGGAGACACCUGCAACCAUUGCUACCAAUGGCAGCAAUCAGGGAUCCUCGAAUGUCCUUUCGGCGGCCAAAAUAGCCGCUGUUGUUGCCGCCGCCAUGGCCACCAGCAAUGGCAAUCCCACACCGACAGCAACAAUCCCCGCCAGCAGCAGCAGCAGCAGCAACACAUUGCCGAGCAGCAAUAACAGUAGUUGCCACAACAGCAGCAGCAGCAGCAAUAGCUGCAACAGCAACCAAGUGCCAAUACAAGUGCCAAUCCUGAGCGGAUCCCCUGGGUCCACAUCGUCAGCCAGUCACAUUCCACAUGUGCCCUUUGCCUACCAUCACAAUCUGCAUGGCUAUUUGGAGAAUCGACUGGAGGCGGUUGCCACACCAGCCCCCAUGGACCUCUCUCUCGGAUCCUCUGCCCGCCGUCAAAUGCAGUUGCACGAAAAGGAUCCAUCUGGUGUGGAUCUCACUUUCCGCAAACGUAAGGUCAUCACUAGUCCGAUGCAGCCGGAUAAGAUUAGUAAGCUGGAGGAGGUGAUCAAGAAGGAGCCCGAAACGGAAACGGAGAACGAGGAUGUGGAGGUGGACGUGGAGACGGAGCAGCCGGAGGAGCACAAGCUGCCCUCUAAACAGGUCAAGCUAUUUAAGCCCUAUUUGCUGGACGAUGAUGAGGAGCAGGAUCAUCAUCAUCAUCACCAUCACCAUCGGCAGGAGGAUUUGGAUGAGGGAGCUGCCGAGGAGGAGCAGGACGACGAGGAAGAGUCCCGCUAUGCCGACGAUGAUGAGGUGGACUCCAAGGAGGCGGCCGACAAGAAACAGCGUCGCCUCAAGAAAAAGCCAUCGGCAAUCAACGAACAAAGGGAACCCAUCAUCUGGAGCAACCAUCCGUAUCCCGGUGGCUGUGUAUCGCCCGGCAGUUCGAUCACCAGCAGCUUUCAGUGCCCCACCAGUAUGCAACAGCAGCAGACAUUUCCCGUCGCCGGCGGGAGUCCUAAUCAGCAAUUUCAGGACAACUGCAGCUCCAGCAAAGCCACCACGCCCCUCAGCCCAUUCUCGGCGCCCGCCCUCUCGCCCACCGGCUUCUGUUGCCCCAAAGGAUCGCCCGUUUCCGGUUACGAGAGCAGCUCAUCCACCUACAGCGACAGCGGCAGCAACUACAGCCUCAAUCUCCAGCUGCAUGCCGUCUACAACGACAAUCUGAUGUACAUGCAACAGCAGCAGCAGCAGCAGCAACAGCAGCAUCACCUGCAACAUCAGCAGCACCUGCAGCGCUGGCUGGAUCAGGAGUCCUUGGCCACUGCGAGGACAUCAUCCGUCAACCGACCACUGAUUCUCGUGGCGGAUACUGCGCCCACAAACCUGACCCUGGUGGCCUAAGAACACACACACACACACACACACACACACACACAACAAACAACACACACAAUAGAAACUAAGGAAGCAGCAAUCCCACCAAUCGGAUGUUAUAAUGGCAGUCACUGGGCCUGGCCUUUUAGUUCCCUAAGCCAUAUUUAAGCUUAAUAACGUUUUUUUUAGCCCUACCACCUAAGUUUACCUUAAUAAAAAAUUGUAUAUCUAAGCGCAAACAUAUAUCUUCCAAGCAUAUCAGCAAAAAAAACCCCAAACCCUAGGUAUAAACCCUUCUUUUUUUUUUGGUUACACACUAAGAACAAAUUAAGCUUAAGUUCAGAUUUUUCUUUUUUUUUUUCUUGUAUUAGCUUGUGUAAAUAAUUGUGUACAAAAAGUGAAACAAGGCGAAACAAUUGAAUUUGCUUAAGAAUUUCAACGCUUCAUUUCAUUUGUAUAACUUGUGGGAGAGUAUUUUAAGAGAGAAAAUGUGAAAAAUGCAACUGGAAAAACUGAGAAAAUUGUUAAGAGUAAAGCUUUAAAAACGAAACAAAUACACACCUUUACAAUAC